AUGCGGUCCUCGGGGGGCAAACUGACCUUGAGGGACAAACAGCCUCAGGGUCCUCCUCCGAAGAAGUUCAAGCUCGGAGUGGCUCUGUUCAUCCCAGAGAGCAGGCGGGGGUUCAAUGUGGAAUGGAUGGGGAUCUUGACUGUAGUUAUGAAUGCGGUGUGGGCGUUGGAGCUCUCGUGGUGGGCGUGUCGGCGAUCCGCCCUUCCGCCAGAUAGCUGGGAGGAAGUGGGCGUGGUUUCAGAGCUGGUCGUGUACCCUCUGAAGUCUGGACGGCCUUUGUACGUGCAGGAGGCGGAGGCAACAGAACACGGCUUCUCUGUGGGUCCUCACAGAGACAGGUCGUUCAUAGUCAUCCUGAAGGAAGGUUCCCUGGUGACAGGACGUCAGAAACCGAAACUCACCUUUGUCACGGUCAAGAUCGACGGCGAAACGGCUACUUUUGAGGCCGAAGGAGCUGAAGGCCAUGCCAAGGUCAACCUCCAGAUGGUGACUCAAGAAGGAGAGGCCAGAGAUGCAGACAUCUUCGGCGCUCCAGUCAAGGGCGUGGACUGUGGCGACGAGGUGUCCCGUUGGCUGAGCGAGUUCCUCUACCAGGGGCGUCGCGAGGUGCGGGUCCUUUAUAGGCACCCGGAGCUGGACCGGAGGGUUGCCAGGCACGAGGAAAGGGAAUUUCCGCAGAUUUUGGACACGGAUAAGGUAGUAACCGAGUCGUCCGUGGAGGAACUGAACACGCGCUUGGAGAAACCCGUGAAAGGAAACCGAUUCCGGGGAAACAUCGUGGUCAGAGGAUCGAAGCCUUACGAUGAGGACGACUGGGCUUACGUCAAGAUCGGCGAGGUCGUCUUCAGGAUGCUGAGGCCGUGUGACAGGUGCUCUUUUCCUACCGUCGAUCCAGAGACGGGAACCAAGGACCCUGCUAAGGAACCUCAGCAAACUCUCAAGGCAUACCGCAUACUCAAAAGCCCAGAGAAGUUGGCUAAAUUAUGGGCCACGUCACCGCUGUUUGGAACCAUCUUGGGUAUUGACACGUGUGGAACAGUGAGUGUGGGAGAGAAGGUUCUCGUUAAGAGAAUUUCGAGGAACCCGAAGUGGCGGUACUGGAGGUAAACGUUUCGGGAGAUGUUCGAACCUUUUCGGGUACACAGGCUAUGUGGUGUUCUUACUUCCAAUGGUUAGGUCUUUGUACACUGUAUACAUAAUGAAUAAAAAGGUAUUUUCUGGUACCGAAAUAUAUAUCAGAGAGAGGAAUUUAUUUUCAUCUCAUAUAUAUAUCACACUGAUGAGAUAAAGAUUUGAGGAAAUGGUUACAACUAGAUAUAUAAUCAAUAAAAAAAUGUACCUGAAUGCUUCAGAAAAAGGAUCCAAUAUACAUAUUUUCCAGUCACUGCUUUUAUUAAUGGUUAAAAAGAUCCUAUCCACAAAAUGGUGCUAUUAUCAUAACUGCCAUACAUAUACUUAAGUUUAGAUUUUAGGUUUCACUUGCAAAAUGAACAGCCACUCAUAUAGUGCAUAUGACAUUAUAUUCUGUAUGAUGCACUAGAUCAACCUUGUUUUGUUUUUGAUUUUACAUAACCGAGAGAGUAACUGUACCCUGAGGCACGGGGAUCCCAUACAAUACAUCCUGUGAGGACUUGCUUGCAUUGAUCCUUUAAGUAAUUAUUCAUAAAAGUCUUAUAAUAAAUCCUUUUGAUUGGCAUAAGUACAUUAAAGCUGGAAACAGUUUGUUAUCAAAUAACUACCAAAUGCUUUUAAAGUUAUCUUCUACCACUUUGUUCAAGUGUUCGACGAAUAUCUCACGUUUUAAAAGAGAAAUUUAUGUAUAAAUCAUAGUAAUACAACAAAGCACAACACAACUCAAUCCACGAAAUUGUAAAUGUAAGUAUAAAAUAAACAUAUGGUAAUAGUGAAGAAGUA